GCCCAUGCCACAACCUACUUUUCCAUUUCUAUCGAGCAGGAAGCAACCACAUGAAAGACUAGACCAGGCGCGGUAUUGGGUCAGGCUUUAAUGUUUUGGUGCAGGCAUUCUCCAAAGACUGCAUUUUUUGCGUAAUUAUAUUUUUGUGUAACAAAACGUUUGUCUGAUAGCCUUCACUUUGUCGUAGCUACAAUGUCUGGCGAGGAACCCAACGUUAAGAAAGUCAGAGUGACAGGUAAAGCUCUGAGUGAAAACACUCUGUUCGGGAUGGGCAACCCCCUGCUGGACAUCUCCGCUGUGGUGGAUAAGGACUUCCUCGACAAAUACGGACUGAAGCCCAACGACCAGAUCCUAGCUGAAGACCAACACAAAGCCUUGUUUGAAGAAAUAGUCAAGAAGAGCAAAGUUGAAUACCAUGCCGGUGGCUCCACCCAGAAUUCUGUGAAAAUUGCCCAGUGGAUGAUCCAGGAGCCCCACAAGGUGGCCACAUUCUUCGGCUGCAUUGGGACCGACAGCUUCGGGGAGAUCCUGAAGCAGAAAGCGGAGGAGGCCCACGUGGACGCCCACUACUACGAGCAGAGCGCCGAGCCAACCGGCACCUGCGCAGCCUGCAUCACCGGGGACAACAGGUCCCUCGUCGCUAACCUGGCAGCGGCAAACUGCUACAAAAAGGAAAACCACCUGGACCUGGGCAGCAACUGGGAACUGGUGGAGAAAGCCAAGGUCUAUUAUAUUGCGGGCUUCUUCCUCACUGUGUCCCCAGAGUCCAUCCUGAAAGUGGCGAAGCACGCCUCCGAAAACAACAAAAUCUUCGGCCUGAACCUCUCCGCUCCUUUCAUCAGCCAGUUCUUCAAGGAGCCCAUAAUGAAGGUCAUGCCCUACGUCGACAUCUUGUUUGGGAACGAGACGGAGGCGGCCACUUUCGCCAAAGAGCAAGGCUUUGAGACGGACGACAUUGCAGAAGUUGCGAGGCAGGCCCAAAGCCUGCCCAAAGUCAACAAGAAGAGGCAGAGAGUCGUGGUCUUCACCCAGGGCAAGGACGACACCGUGGCAACUGUUGGUGAGAAGGUGACCAUGUUCCCCGUGCUGGACAUCGACCAGAACGACAUUGUGGACACAAACGGAGCAGGGGAUGCCUUCGUGGGAGGUUUCCUGUCAGAGUUGGUGCAGGAGAGACCGCUGAAGGAGUGUAUACGCGCCGGCCACUACGCUGCCAACGUCAUCAUCAGGCGGGUGGGGUGCACCUUCCCAGAGAAGCCAGACUUCCACUGAUACGCCCCCGUAUCCAAGCACCGAGCAUCUUCAUGUCUUCUCUAUGAGACACCUGCAUUUUGCGUUUGCCUGAACGUUGUGUAAAGUUUGUACAAUUACAGUAAUUCCACAAAGAAUGGAUCGUCGACAUUACUUGUAUGCAUUUAUUUUAGGAAGUUGCAGACCAACAAAGCAUUGGUCUUCUUCAGUUGGUAACUUCAUAAGCAACACUCCACUACAUUUGUGUGACAUAUAUUAGCAUCAUUAAAUGUCAUUUUCUAUACAGACCUUUAUUGCAAUAUAGGCUAUUUAUAGGUUACUGUGUCCACAAGUUACAAGUAAUCACUCUCACUUGAAGAGUGUGAGUUUGGAAGAAAGAAAAAAAUUGGUGUCUGCUGAAUGAAUAAAAUAAAUUAAAAUCUUAAAAUAAAA